CGUAAACAAACCAUUCGCGAAGUUAUAGCGAAGCUUUGCAGUUAUCUAGUCGGUAAAUCUGCUGUUUAUAACUAAAAUUUUGUAUACAGAGCAAGACUAUUGAAAAUGGCUACAACAAGUGCAGCGCCACCAUUAGCAACAUUUAAUGCGCCAAAUCCUAGUGCAGCCAUGAAUGAGAAGUUCACAAGAAACUAUUUAACGCUCGAUAAUCCUGUCUUCUGCUGCUUUCUUUUCUGGGCCAGUGUGCUGGUAAUCAAAAUGUUACUGAUGUCCUUGCUGACAGCGCUGCAACGAUUCCGCAAUAAGAUUCUGGAUUUAUUUCCUCAAAGCUGUCUGAGGAAGGUAUUCCCUAACCAAGAAGACUUGUUUUUCAAGGAUAUUGAAGUACAAUUUAAUGAUCCACACGUGGAGCGUGUGCGUCGCGCACAUCGCAAUGACAUGGAGAAUAUUCUACCCUACUUCACGAUGGCAUUGCUAUAUAUUUGCACAAAUCCGAAUCCCACAGUUGCCUGUAUACUCUUCCGUGUUGUGGCCAUUGCGCGCAUAUUGCACACAUUAGUAUAUGCGUUCUAUCCUGUACCUCAACCGUCGCGGAUUAUUGCCUUUGGGGUGGCGUUUGCGAUCACAAUUUAUAUGGCCUGUGUUGUGGCAUUGGAUGUAUUGGCAUAUAUCUAAUAUAUGAUGUGUUUACUUUUGAUUUAGUUUAACCGAUUUUUUACGAAAUAAAAACUAUUUCGCCCUCUUUA